AUGGUAUAUCCUUUCCAGAACCUAGUACACACUACACAGACCCAGUACACACUACACAGUACACAGACCCAGUACACAAACCCCGUACACAGACCCAGUACACACUACACAAACCCAGUACACAGUACACAGACCCAGUACACAGAACCCAGUACACAGUACACAGACCCAGUACACAGAUACAGUACACAGUACACAGACCCAGAACACAGACCCAGUACACAGACCCAGUACACAGUACACAGACCCAGACCCAGUACACAGACCCAGUACACAGACCCAGUACACAGACCCAGUAUACAGUACACAGACCCAGUACACAGACCCAGUAUACAGUACACAGACCCAGUACACAGACCCAGUACACAGACCCAGUACACAGACCCAGUAUACAGACCCAGUACACAGACCCAGUACACAGACCCAGUACACAGACCCAGUAUACAGACCCAGUACACAGACCCAGUAUAUAGUACACAGACCCAGUACACAGACCCAGAACACAGACCCAGUACACAGACCCAGUACACAGUACACAGACCCAGACCCAGUACACAGACCCAGUACACAGUACACAGACCCAGUACACAGACUCAGUACACAGACCCAGUACACAGACCCAGUACACAGACCCAGUACACAGACCCAGUACACAGACCCAGUAUACAGACCCAGUACACAGACCCAGUAUACAGUACACAGACCCAGUACACAGACCCAGUACACAGACCCAGUACACAGACCCAGUACACAGACCCAGUACACAGACCCAGUACACAGUACACAGACCCAGUACACAGACCCAGUACACAGACCCAGUAUACAGUACACAGACCCAGUACACAGACCCAGAACACAGACCCAGUACACAGACCCAGUAUACAGUACACAGACCCAGUACACAGACCCAGUACACAGACCCAGUACACAGACCCAGUACACAGACCCAGUACACAGACCCAGUACACAGACCCAGUACACAGUACACAGACCCAGACCCAGUACACAGACCCAGUACACAGACCCAAUACACAGUACACAGACCCAGUACACUGA